GUGUCACAAUGGGGGAUUCUCAGAUGGCAGAAUUUGGCCCAGCUGCACCCUUCCUGCGUAAAUCCGAUAAGGAGCGCCUGGAAGCUCAGACUCGCCCUUUUGACAUGAAGAAGGAGUGUUUUGUGCCUGACCCCAAGGAAGAGUAUGUGAAGGCACAAGUGACGAGUCGUGAAGGGGACAAAGUCACCGUACAAACUUUAGAUGGCCGGACUUUAACAGUGAAAGAGGCUGAUGUGCAUCCACAGAACCCACCUAAAUUCGAUAAGAUCGAGGAUAUGGCCAUGUUCACUUUUCUGCAUGAGCCCGCAGUGCUGUUCAAUCUCAAAGAGCGCUACGCCGCCUGGAUGAUUUACACUUACUCUGGGCUGUUCUGUGUUACUGUGAACCCCUACAAGUGGCUACCUGUGUACAAUGCAGAGGUGGUCAACGCUUACCGAGGCAAGAAAAGGACUGAGGCCCCUCCUCAUAUUUUCUCCAUUUCAGAUAAUGCCUAUCAGUACAUGCUGACAGACAGAGAAAAUCAAUCUAUUCUGAUCACUGGAGAAUCUGGUGCUGGGAAGACUGUAAACACCAAAAGAGUCAUUCAGUACUUUGCUAGUAUUGCUGCUGUAGGUGCGAAGAAAGAUUCAGCCGCCUCCAACAAGGGGACCCUGGAAGAUCAAAUCAUUCAGGCCAACCCAGCCCUGGAAGCCUUUGGUAAUGCCAAAACUCUCAGGAAUGAUAAUUCAUCUCGUUUUGGCAAAUUUAUUCGAAUUCAUUUUGCAGCUACUGGGAAGCUGGCAUCAGCUGAUAUUGAAACAUAUCUCCUGGAGAAAUCUCGUGUGAUCUUUCAGCUCAAGUCAGAGAGAGAUUAUCAUAUCUUCUAUCAAAUUCUGUCCAACAAGAAGCCAGAACUUCUGGAAAUGUUACUAAUUACAAACAACCCAUAUGACUAUGCCUUCAUCUCACAAGGAGAGGUCACAGUGGCCUCCAUCGAUGAUGCAGAGGAGCUGAUUGCCACUGAUAGUGCUUUUGAUGUGCUGGGUUUUACUCAAGAGGAGAAGAACUCUGUGUACAAGCUAACUGGAGCUAUCAUGCACUAUGGGAAUAUGAAGUUCAAGCAGAAGCAGCGAGAGGAGCAGGCUGAGCCUGAUGGUACUGAAGAUGCCGACAAAGCAGCAUACCUCAUGGGAUUGAACUCUGCAGACCUUUUAAAGGGUCUUUGUCAUCCCAGAGUCAAAGUUGGUAAUGAGUUUGUCACCAAAGGUCAAAAUGUCCAACAGGUGUCAUACUCCAUCGGAGCACUGGCGAAGUCAGUGUACGAAAAAAUGUUCAACUGGAUGGUGGUGAGGAUCAACCAGUCAUUGGAUACCAAACAGGCCCGUCAGUACUUCAUAGGAGUGCUGGACAUUGCAGGCUUUGAGAUCUUUGAUUUCAAUAGUUUUGAACAGCUCUGCAUCAAUUUCACCAAUGAAAAAUUGCAACAGUUCUUCAAUCAUCACAUGUUUGUGCUUGAGCAAGAGGAGUACAAGAAAGAGGGAAUUGAGUGGGAAUUCAUUGACUUUGGAAUGGACCUGCAGGCCUGCAUUGACCUCAUUGAGAAGCCUCUGGGAAUCAUGUCCAUCCUUGAAGAGGAGUGCAUGUUCCCGAAGGCUUCAGACAUGACAUUUAAAGCCAAGCUUUAUGACAACCAUCUGGGCAAGUCCCACAACUUUGGGAAACCCCGAGUGGUAAAGGGGAAGGCGGAGGCUCACUUCGCACUGAUGCACUAUGCUGGCACAGUAGAUUACAACAUCCUUGGAUGGCUGGAGAAGAACAAAGACCCCCUGAAUGAAACAGUGGUUGGACUCUACCAGAAGUCUUCACUUAAGCUUUUGUCAAAUUUGUUUUCUAAUUACGCUGGAGCUGAAUCAGGUGACUCUGGUGGAAAGGGUAAAGGAGGCAAGAAAAAGGGCUCCUCUUUCCAGACUGUGUCUGCACUGCACAGGGAAAAUUUGAAUAAACUUAUGGCCAAUCUGAAGACAACUCAUCCUCAUUUUGUACGCUGCCUCAUCCCCAAUGAGCGGAAAGCCCCAGGAGAGAUGGACAACCCUCUGGUGAUGCAUCAGCUGCGUUGUAAUGGUGUGCUGGAAGGCAUCAGAAUCUGCAGAAAGGGAUUCCCCAACAGAGUAUUGUAUGGGGAUUUCAAACAAAGAUACCGUAUUCUGAACCCAGCGGCCAUUCCAGAGGGUCAGUUCAUAGACAGCAAGAAAGGAGCAGAGAAACUCUUAGGUUCUUUAGACAUUGAUCAUAAUCAGUACAAGUUUGGACACACCAAGGUGUUUUUCAAGGCAGGUCUACUGGGUCAACUAGAGGAAAUGAGAGAUGACCGCUUGUCUGCAAUUAUCACUCGAAUUCAGGCCCAGUCUCGUGGUGUCCUCUCUAGAAUAGAGUACAAGAAGAUUGUAGAACGCAGAGAUGCUUUACAGGUGAUUCAGUGGAACAUUCGUGCUUUCAUGGGUGUUAAAAACUGGCCCUGGAUGAAACUCUACUUUAAGAUUAAGCCAUUAUUGAAGUCAGCGGAGACUGAGAAGGAGAUGGCAAAUAUGAAAGAGGAGUUCCUGAAGCUCAAAGAGGCUUUUGAAAAAUCAGAGGCUCGCAGAAAAGAACUGGAAGAGAAGAUGGUUAGUCUUCUUCAAGAGAAGAAUGAUUUGCAGCUCCAAGUUCAAGCUGAACAAGACAAUCUGACUGAUUCAGAGGAGAGAUGUGACCAGCUAAUCAAGAACAAAAUACAGUUAGAAGCCAAAUUAAAGGAACUUACGGAAAGACUGGAGGAUGAGGAAGAAAUGAAUGCAGAGCUGACUGCCAAGAAGAGAAAACUUGAGGAUGAGUGCUCAGAGCUGAAAAAAGACAUUGAUGAUUUAGAGCUCACCCUAGCAAAAGUGGAAAAAGAGAAACAUGCCACUGAGAACAAAGUUAAAAAUCUGACAGAGGAGAUGGCAGCUCUGGAUGAGAUCAUUGCUAAGUUGACCAAAGAGAAGAAAGCUCUGCAAGAAGCCCACCAGCAAACCCUAGAUGACUUGCAGAGUGAAGAGGACAAAGUGAAUACUCUGACUAAAGCAAAGGCUAAGCUGGAGCAACAAGUUGAUGAUCUGGAGGGGUCACUGGAGCAAGAGAAGAAAGUGAGGAUGGAUCUAGAAAGAGCCAAGAGAAAGCUGGAGGGAGAUCUCAAGCUAAGCCAAGAAAAUAUCAUGGAUCUAGAAAAUGAUCGACAGCAGCAAGAAGAAAAAUUGAAGAAGAAAGAGUUUGAGAUUCACCAACUUAACUCCAAGGUUGAAGAUGAGCAGGCCAUAGCAAUGCAGAUGCAAAAGAAACUUAAGGAAUUACAGGCCCGUAUUGAAGAACUAGAAGAAGAACUUGAGGCUGAGAGAGCUGCUAGAGCUAAAGUGGAGAAGCAGCGGGCAGACUUAUCUCGGGAAUUGGAGGAGAUCAGUGAGAGACUAGAAGAGGCUGGAGGAGCCACCUCUGCCCAAAUUGAGAUGAACAAAAAGCGGGAGGCCGAGUUUCAGAAAAUGAGACGAGACCUUGAGGAGGCAACCCUGCAUCAUGAAGCUACAGCUGCCACACUUAGGAAGAAACAUGCUGACAGUGUGGCUGAGCUGGGUGAGCAGAUUGACAAUCUGCAAAGAGUCAAGCAAAAGCUUGAAAAGGAGAAGAGUGAGCUGAAGCUGGAGCUGGAUGAUGUGGUGUCUAAUAUGGAGCAAGUCGUCAAAGUCAAGACAAACCUUGAGAAGAUGUGCAGGACAAUGGAGGACCAAGUGAACGAAUACAAGACAAAAUGUGAAGAAAGUCAGCGCUCUCUCAAUGACUUUGCUUCACAAAAAGCUAGACUUCAGACUGAGAAUGGUGAAUUUUCCAGGCAGCUAGAAGAAAAAGAGGCUCUCAUUUCCCAGCUAACCAGAGGAAAACUGUCCUACACUCAACAAGUUGAAGAUCUCAAGAGACAACUGGAAGAGGAAAUAAAGGCAAAGAAUGCUCUAGCCCAUGCAGUUCAGUCUGCACGUCAUGAUUCUGACCUUCUCAGAGAGCAGUAUGAAGAGGAGCAGGAAACCAAAGCAGAGCUGCAUCGCAUUCUGUCCAAAGCCAACUCGGAGGUGGCUCAGUGGAGAACCAAAUAUGAAACAGAUGCCAUUCAGAGGACAGAAGAACUGGAAGAGGCAAAAAAGAAGCUGGCCCAAAGGCUGCAGGAUGCAGAAGAAGCUGUUGAGGCAGCAAACGCCAAGUGCUCCUCCUUGGAAAAAACCAAACACAGGCUGCAGAAUGAGAUUGAGGAUCUCAUGGUGGAUCUGGAGAGAUCUAAUGCAGCAGCAGCGGCACUUGACAAGAAACAAAGAAACUUUGAUAAGGUCUUAAAUGAAUGGAAACAAAAGUUCGAGGAGUCCCAAAGUGAACUGGAGAGUGCCCAAAAGGAAGCCAGGUCACUAAGCACUGAACUCUUCAAACUGAAGAAUGCCUAUGAAGAGGCUUUAGACCACCUGGAGACCUUGAAAAGAGAAAAUAAAAACCUUCAAGAGGAAAUCUCAGAUCUCACUGAACAACUUGGAGAAGGGGGUAAGAGCAUCCAUGAGCUGGAAAAAAUCCGCAAACAGCUGGAACAGGAAAAGGCUGACCUGCAGUCUGCUUUGGAAGAAGCUGAAGGCUCUCUAGAACAUGAGGAAGGCAAGAUCCUCCGCGCUCAACUUGAAUUUAACCAGGUUAAGGCCGAUAUUGAACGAAAGCUUUCUGAGAAGGAUGAGGAGAUGGAACAGGCAAAAAGGAACCACCAAAGGGUUGUGGAUUCGCUGCAGACCUCACUGGAAUCAGAGACUCGGAGCAGAAAUGAGGCUCUAAGGCUAAAGAAGAAGAUGGAGGGAGAUCUCAAUGAGAUGGAAGUUCAGCUGAGUCAGGCAAACAGACAGGCUGCUGAAGCCCAGAAACAGCUCAAAAGUAUCCAGGCUCACCUAAAGGAUGCUCAGCUUCAGCUUGAUGACUCUCUACGAGCAAAUGAUGAUCUUAAAGAGAAUAUUGCAAUUGUGGAGAGGCGCAACAACCUCCUCCAGGCUGAACUAGAGGAACUGAGAGCAGUGGUGGAGCAGACAGAAAGAGCACGUAAACUUGCUGAGCAAGAAUUGCUCGAGUCCAAUGAGAGGGUGCAAUUGUUGCAUUCACAGAAUACCAGCCUGAUUAAUCAGAAGAAGAAACUGGAAGGUGACACUGCUCAGCUUCAAACUGAGGUGGAAGAGUCUGUUCAGGAGUGUAGGAAUGCAGAAGAGAAAGCCAAGAAGGCCAUCACUGAUGCAGCCAUGAUGGCAGAAGAGCUGAAAAAGGAACAGGACACCAGUGCCCACCUGGAACGUAUGAAGAAGAACAUGGAACAGACCAUUAAAGAUCUGCAACACCGGCUGGAUGAAGCAGAGCAAAUUGCCAUGAAAGGUGGCAAAAAACAGCUGCAGAAGCUGGAGGCUCGUGUACGAGAGUUGGAAAAUGAAUUAGAAGCAGAGCAAAGAAAGGGUAUUGAGGCUGUGAAGGGAGUCAGGAAAUAUGAGAGACGCAUAAAGGAGCUCACCUAUCAGACUGAGGAAGAUCGCAAAAACAUGGCCCGCCUGCAGGACCUUGUAGAUAAACUGCAGCUGAAGGUGAAAGCUUACAAGAGAAGUGCAGAGGAGGCGGAGGAGCAGGCCAACACCAAUCUGGCCAAGUUCCGAAAACUGCAGCAUGAGCUGGAUGAAGCUGAAGAGAGAGCAGAUAUUGCUGAGUCUCAAGUCAACAAGCUGCGCACCAAGAGCCGGGACAUUGGGGCCAAGAAAACUCUGGAUGAAGAGUAGUGUGAACUUUUAUCUCCAUAGAUAAAUGGAAGAUACAAAGAUGCACCAGAAUAUAUCCUGUAGAUAAAUUGUCCCUUGCAAGCAAACAUGUCUCCUGUCUUUAUUCUCCAUUUGCAAUUUGUAUGGCAAGUAGGCUCAUUAGUAUAACCUAAGCAGGUGUAUGUCUGCUUUAAUUUAGAAUACCACUACUAAAUUAGUCAAUAUGCAAAAUGAAUUUAUAAAAUGAGUAGUAGAAAAAGAAAUCUACAUUUUGUAACAUUAAUAUCAAUCGCAGUAUGCUGACACUGUACUGAUGUAAUAAUUAAACUUUAGAGUGAGAAAAAUCAAAAUUGUAUCAUAAAUGGUAUUAAGAACUUGGAAGCACUGAGUACAUUCAAAAGAUACAUGCUGAGUGAUGCACAGAUAAUUCAAUUCAAUCAUCAUUUAUUAAAAGCUGCAUUAGUAUUUUUAUGCAGUGAUUCCCAGUCAGGAAGAAAUACUGCAUAUUAAAAGCUGCGUGCUAACAUGCUCAGCUAUUUCUGUUGACAUCCAGUAUGUAGAAUGCUUUUUUCUCAUCUUGCACAUCACCUGAAGUGAAAGCCUUCUGGAGCAGAUGCUUUGAAUGGACAAGGGUGCUUGACUUAGACUGAUUUGUUUUACAAAGAAAGAAUCAAACAGCAACACCAGAUUAGGUUUAUGAUAAUAUGAAAACAAUUUAUCAUGUUUAAAAUAGCAAAACAAAAUGAAUGCAAACUCUUCAGUAGAAGCAUUUUCACACCUCCAAAUGUCCUUGUCAGUGGUUGCAAGAAUUGAUGUAGCUAACAUACAAAAA